GGGAGGCCGGAUGUGAGUGGAGCGGCCAUUUCCUGUUUCUCUGCAGUUUUCCUCCAGCUUUGGGUGGUGGCUGCCGCUGCGCUCCGGCUCACAGUCUGCUGAGCGCGAGGCGGCGUGGACAGCGGUCCCGGCACCCCACGGCCCGCCGCCCGCAGCCGCGCGCCAGCCCGCCGCGCCCCGCGUCCGCCGCUUCUCACAUCAGCGCGCGGCCGCCGUCGCCUCCCCGCGAGCGGCCCAGAUGCAGGCCAUCAAGUGUGUGGUGGUGGGAGACGGAGCCGUAGGUAAGACGUGCCUGCUGAUCAGUUACACCACCAAUGCGUUUCCUGGAGAGUACAUCCCCACCGUCUUUGACAACUACUCUGCCAAUGUUAUGGUAGAUGGAAAACCGGUGAAUCUGGGCUUAUGGGAUACGGCUGGACAGGAAGAUUAUGACCGAUUACGGCCCCUCUCCUAUCCGCAAACAGUCGGAGACACGUACGGUAAGGAUAGCGCCACCAGGGGCAAAGACAACCCGAUUGCCGACGUGUUCUUAAUUUGCUUUUCCCUGGUGAGUCCCGCAUCAUUUGAAAACGUUCGUGCAAAGUGGUACCCCGAGGUGCGACACCAUUGUCCCAAUACCCCCAUCAUCCUUGUGGGAACGAAACUCGAUCUGAGGGAUGACAAAGACACGAUUGAGAAGCUGAAGGAGAAGAAGCUGACUCCCAUCACCUACCCCCAGGGCUUAGCCAUGGCUAAGGAGAUUGGUGCUGUAAAAUACCUGGAGUGCUCUGCACUCACACAGCGAGGCCUCAAGACAGUGUUCGAUGAAGCCAUCAGAGCCGUCCUCUGCCCGCCCCCGGUCAAGAAGAGGAAGAGAAAAUGCCUGCUGCUGUGAACGGCAGAGCCCUCCGCCCCUGCCCACCCUGCCCCGGACCCUUCACACGCUUUGCUCAGAAA